UUCGGUGACGUAACCAAAUAAUGCUCUCACUUGUUUGAAUUUGCUCUCUUCAAUUCAGCCGCUUUCCCUAGGACUUUAUUUGUGCCGUGCGAAGUUCUUGAACGGAUAUAAUCUUCCAAGCGAGUUUUCAACUCUAUCUCUGCCAGAGUGAGAGUUUGACCCAGCUGAAACACAUACAUCGCUCCAUAAGAAUCGUAUAUUCUGACGUGGAGUUUGGGGAGACUCCGUAUAGAGACCUAACAGCAUGGCAAACGUUCAAGACUACCUCCAGAAGCUGCUGAAGAAGGCGAAUGAACACUGUGCUUGCGGAGACUCGGAGACUGUUUCGGACCUUUACCGCAACAAACCAUCAGCUUACUUUGAUAAUAUCCAGACCAACAGGGCCAACCUCAUGGAGAAGUAUUUAAAAGACAAAGGAGGGGACCCGCGUUGUCCAAUAAACGGAAGACUCGAAGGUCUGUUUUUUGGAGUGACCUUACGUGAUGGUGCUCUGCCAUCUUGGUCACCUUUUGGGGACACUAGAGUAAUUUUACCUCUGUCGUCAGUCUUUGAUGACUCGGCCAAGUUGUAUUUCGCAGACUUCUUCUGUAUGCCUGGAGGUGCUGACACUCAUUAUGUAGUCUUGGUGAUCACAAAGGAUGGCUCGGUGUCCGACCGUUUCUGUGAGCAGGAGCUGAUCAAACUGGAUCCUUACAACAACAGGUUCCUUUCCAGGCAUGGAGACAGAUACCAGACACUUUCCCGACAGCAACUGUGGGUAGAAGUGUUCUACACAGAGCAUGUGGACAUAUCGAGUUUAGUGCUUACUCGAACGGGUGUGCUGGGCAUAGGCCAUAGCUUAGGAGGAAUACCGAAAGAUCCAAGAUGUCGCGUGUGUAAUGUUGAGCCCAAGACACGGAAUGUUGACUUGAAUGGACUUGGUGCCACACGUGAUUUGAUGAUACCUGAACAUCAGGGAUGUCAGACACAGAUGUCAAGGAGUACCGGUCACGGAGAGGGGAAUGUCUGGCAGAUGGGGGCCAAUCAGAUGGAUUUCGGUUAUGGAGCAGCACGUCUUUGGGGGAUGGGCUAUGGAGGAUCGAAUCACAGGUUGAUUUCUUAUGAAGGAUCAAAUCGCAGAGGAAUGGGCUAUAGAAGACCGAUUCACAGGGCGAUGGGCUAUAGAGGACCUAUUCACAGGGAGAUGGGUUAUAGAGGACCGAAUAACAGGGAGAUGGGUUAUGGAACAUCGAAUCACAGGGAUGUUGGUUAUGGAGGACCGAUUGACAGGGAGAUGAGUUAUAGAGGACCGAAUAACAGGGAGAUGGAUUAUGGAACAUCGAAUCACAGGGAUGUUGGUUAUAGAGGAACUAUUCACAGGAGAUGGGUUAUAGAGGACCGAAUAACAGGGAGAUGGAUUAUGGAACAUCGAAUCACAGGGAUGUUGGUUAUGGAGGACCGAUUGACAGGGAGAUGAGUUAUGGAGGACCGAGUCACAGGGGAUGGGUUAUAGAGGGACAGAUUAAGAACAGAUAGACAUUGAGAUCAGAAUUAAGAUCAAAUGAUGAUACACUAUGAGGUGGGUAGUUAAGUUCUAAUUACAAUCAACUGUUAGUUCAAUUUUAGGUACUUCUGUUGUAGAUUACUGCUUUGUGUCUUAUGAAGCUCUAGAUUAUUAAUGUAUUUGAAGUUUAAGGGCUUGACUGUUAGUUAAAAAAUCAGGAUGUGUUGGCCAUUGAUGGACACUAUCUUUGUGUAUAGUAUCCUAUCAAAUAUAUCAGACAGGAAAAGAACAGGAUGGGAUACGUAAUAAACGUUUGGAAUGUUA